AUGCGCUUCGGAUCUGCGCCUGUUUCUGUUAAAAGAUCCAGGCUAUAUUUAAGGAUAAUUGUCCUCAUAAUUCUGGCACUAGGUCUACUAGUAUAUCUAAGGCCCGCAAGCAUAUUCUCAGAGUCUUGGUGUAAUGCCUUCGAUUUCAGGUCUCGGAACUGUCGUGCUGAGCCGCCUGCCGCAUCUCACGUAGAGACAAAUAAUGCUUUGUUAAAGCAAACACCAAACCGGCCGCCAAACCAGCCUUUCCGCAUGAACGCUACAUUUGUCACCCUUGCGCGGAACAGCGAUGUAUGGAACAUAGCCAAGUCGAUACGGCAAGUCGAAGAUCGUUUCAAUAGAAAGUACGGAUAUGACUGGGUGUUUUUGAACGAGAAGCCAUUCGAUGCGACCUUCAAAAGAGUAACCAGCGCCCUUGUAUCAGGCAAAACCUAUUACGGCUUGAUCCCGCCAGAGAACUGGUCAUUUCCUGAUUGGAUUGACCAGGACAAAGCAAAGAAAACUAGAGAGGAUAUGGCCCAGAGGCAAAUAAUCUACGGAGACUCUGUGAGCUAUCGCCAUAUGUGCAGAUUUGAAUCGGGCUUCUUUUUUCGACAACCUCUCAUGAUGAACUAUGAUUACUACUGGCGGGUAGAACCAGAUAUCCAACUCUAUUGCGAUCUCGAUUACGACCCUUUCAAGUUUAUGAAGGAACAGAAGAAAAAGUACAGCUUUGUGUUGAGUCUUCCUGAGUAUAUCGAGACGAUUCCUACCCUUUGGGACAUUACCAAGCAAUUUUUCGAGAGCAAUCCUGGUCAUCUAAGCCCACACAACUCCAUGGACUUUUUGAGUGAUGACAAUGGGUCAACAUAUAACAAGUGUCACUUUUGGUCAAAUUUUGAGAUUGGCGACUUGAACUUUUUCAGAAGUCAAAAAUAUCUGGAUUAUUUCAACCAUCUCGAUCAAGCCGGCGGCUUUUUCUAUGAGAGAUGGGGCGACGCUCCGAUUCACUCAAUCGCAGCCGGGCUUAUGCUUGAUAAGUCUGAGAUUCAUUUCUUUGACGACAUCGCGUAUUGGCACAAUCCUUUCACUCACUGUCCAACAGAUGUCAAGAAAAGACUCGAACUUCGUUGCCACUGCAAUCCAAAAGACAAUAACGAUUGGAAAGGUUAUUCUUGUACAUCAAAGUUUUUUGAUUCUCAAGGGAUGGAAAAGCCGGAGGGUUAUGAGAACCAACAGGAUUGA